AGGAGGUAUAUGCAAAGAUACAUCUAACAAUAGAAUUAGCAGUAUAAAAAAUGAAUAUUUCUGUAGGGCUUACUUGAUACAUUAGAGGAGACUAAGUGACAUUAAAUAAAGGAAGAGUUCUCUUCCAAAAUUAGAUAAAACGAUUGAUUCUUACAAAUAAAACAGAUACAUAGCCGCCAGAAAAUAAGAAAUCAAUAGAUGGGAAGGGAUUAUGAAAUAAAACAAAAAACUACUACACAAAUUAAACAAUGUGGAGUCCUCAUUUCAAAAAUCUGUAAUCUUAACUAAAAAUAUAUUUGUAUUCAAGGCAAUCCAUUCGUAGUGUAAGCUCUUGUAACUCUAAAAGAUCAAUUGAAUAAAAA